GACUCCAAAAAUUAAAUAUGAAGAUCCUACUCCUAGUAUUGUUGGCAGCGUUUGCCUCCGGUCAGCAGUUCGAGCAGACGGCAGCCUACGAUGUUGCUGUGAGACUAGCUGAACCAGGAUAUUUCCAACAAAGAAAUUCCUUUGGCUCCAGUUCAUCUAGGAAUGGUGGUCAGUUCAACAUCAAUGGCCAGUUCCAAGGCAGUGCUGGCAGUGGAUUCGGAUCUGGUUCUCUUCUCGGCAAUCAAUUCGGAUCUGGAUCAUCAGCUGGGUUCUCUGCUGGUUCUGGCAACCGUGGUUCAAACUUUGGUUCCCUGGAAAGAAGUGGAUUUGUUUCCUCAGCUACCCCUGGAUUUGGCUCUGGAUCUGCUUUUACCAACAGCGGAUUCGGAUCUAGCUCCUUGGACAGAAAAUCUUUUGGAUCAAUUAUCAGUGGAUCACAGACAGGUUCAGUAAGCGGUAGUCGAUUCCAGUCUGGUUCAACUAGUGGAAGAUUCCAGUCAGGUUCAACUAGUGGAAGAUUCCAGUCUGGUUCAACUAGUGGAAGAUUCCAGUCUGGCUCACCAAGCAGAAGACUCAAAUCUGGUUCACCAAGCAUCAAAUUCCCACCCAGUUUACCAUCAAGUAGCAGUGGAUUCCAGUCUGGUUCAUUUGGUGGAAGCAAAUUCCAAUCUGGUUCAUCCUCAAGCAGCAGUGGAUUCCAGUCUGGUUCAUUUGGUGGAAGCAAAUUCCAACCUGGUUCCUCUUCAAGCAGCAGUGGAUUCCAGUCUGGUUCAUUUGGUGGAAGCAAAUUCCAACCUGGUUCCUCUGCUUCCAGUUCAGUGGUGUCAAAUUUGGUUCAUUUGGUGGAAGCAAAUUCCAACCUGGUUCAUCAGUCCAGUUCACCAAACACUAGUGGAUUCCAAUCAGGAUCACCAAGCACAAGUGCAUUCCAGUCUGGAACCCCAAGUACCAGUGGAUUCCAAUCUGGAUCACUAACCAUCAGUGGUUUCCAAUCUGGAUCACCAAACACUAGUGGAUUCCAAUCAGGAUCACCAAGCACCAGUGAAUUCCAAUCUGGAUCACCAAGCACCAGUGGAUUCCAAUCUGGAUCACCAAGCACCAGUGGAUUCAAUCUGGAUCACCAAGCACCAGUGGAUUCCAAUCUGGGUCACCAAACACCAACCAAUUCCAGUCUGGAUCACCAAUCACCAACCAAUUCCAAUCUGGAUCACCAAGUACCAGUGAAUUCCAAUCUGGAUCACCAAGUACCAGUGGAUUCCAAUCUGGAUCACCAAGCACCAGUGGAUUCCAAUCUGGAUCACCAAACACUAGUGGAUUCCAAUCUGGAUCACCAAGCACCAGCGAAUUCCAAUCUGGAUCACCAAUCACCAACCAAUUCCAAUCUGGAUCACCAAGCACCAGCGGAUUCCAAUCUGGAUCUGGAUCAGCAAUUCCAAUCUGGAUCCCAAGAUUCCAAUCUGGAUCACCAAGCACCAGUGGAUUCCAAUCUGGAUCACCAAGCACCAGCGGUUUCCAAUCUGGAUCAUUCCAAUCAGGAUCACCAAGCACCAGUGAUUCCAAUCUGGAUCACCAAGCACCAAUGGAUUCCAUCUGGAUCCAAUCUGGAUCACCAAGCACCAGUGGCUUCCAAUCUGGAUGCAGCGGUUUCCAAUCUGGAUCAUUCCAAUCAGGAUCACCAAACACCAACCAAUUCCAAUCUGGAUCACCAAGCACCAGUGGAUUCCAAUCUGGAUCACCAAGCACCAGAUCACCAAGCACAUCUGGAUCACCAAGCACUGGAUCAUUCCAAUCUGGAUCUGAUCAUUCCAUCUGAUCACCAAAUCUGGCCCAAUCUGGAUGGACAAUCAUCCAAUGGAUUUCCAAUCUGGAUCACCAAGCACCAGUGGAUUCCAAUCUGGAUCACCAAGCACCAGUGGAUUCCAAUCUGGAUCCAAUCUGGAUCCUCCAACACUAAUGGAUUCCAGUCUGGAUUGCUGAGUGGAUUACAGUCCAGUUUCUCAGGCAGCACUAAUGGUUUUGGACUCCUGAGUGGUUCUGUGAGCAACAUUGGAGCCCAGUUCGGUUCAAAUACAGAAGAGGUAUUUGGAGAAUUUGAGCCUCUCAACCUCCCAGCUGAUGCCAGUAAUAUUUUGGGAAGGAUCUCAACAUCCUUCACCUGCGCAGACCGUCCUUAUGGGUACUAUGCCGAUCAAGAGAACUCAUGCAGAGUCUUCCACAUCUGCUACCCUGCUCUCUUUGCUAAUGGUGCUGUUGAGACCUCCCAGUACAGCUUCCUGUGUGGAGAAGGAUCAGUGUUUGACCAGAAGACCUUGACCUGUGUGCCAGAGACAGAUGCUGUUCCUUGUCAAGAAUCUUCCAGUUACUUCUACACCAAUGAACAGUUUGGCCGUCCAGAAGAUAAGAGAAUCUAAGCUGCUUGUUUAUCAUGUGAAUUUUCCGGAUACUCUCCAAGGCAGUUCAUGCACCUAUUGAUCCAAUUGAUAGAAUA